GUUUCAAUGAGCACACAGGAAGACAAUAGAUAAGUAUAAAUCAGGAAUAUCUUUCUAUAUACAUUUGCCAGCAGACCACGUUCUUCAUUAAAAUGACGAGCUGGAAACUGAUUUUUUGCUGCUUUCAUUUAGUAUCAGUGAUCUCUGCUGGUUUUGGAUUGGAAGUGACUAUGAGUCAAGAAUCCCUUGAGGUUGCCCGGGGUGAUGAUGUCACCCUUACAUGUGAUUUUAAACCUAAAAAUCCAAACAAUCCUCUAACCAUCAUCACAUGGAGUGGUGAUGGUGAUGGGACUGCAAAGAAGGUUAUUUUUGGAACCUCCUACCGAAAUAAUUUAGUAGACAUCGGACCAGAGUAUGAAGGUAAAGCCUCCAUAGUGACUGACCUUGCUGCUCUAAAGUCUAUGCUGACACUAAAACAAGUAUCAAUGAAAGAAAGCAGAAAAAUUAGAUGCUAUAUUCAGAUUCCUGGGGACAACGAGGGUCAGACCUCUGCCACUACCUUCCUUUUGGUUCAGGUUUUACCAUCAAAACCGAUCUGUAAGUUAUUAGGCACAGCAGAAUACGGACAGAAUAUUAGCCUAACCUGUGUCUCUGAAGAGGGCUCUCCAACCCCUACUUACAAAUGGGAGGCAUAUGAUGUCAAAAACGUCCUGCGACAAUUUCCACCCAAAACCACUGAAAAGGAUGGAGUUUUGUCUCUGUUCAAUGUAUCCAUCGAGACGUCAGGUUUCUAUGUCUGCCAGUCAAGCAAUAAGAUUGGAUCAGAAAAAUGUAACUUCACCUUGUCUGUAAUCCCUCCCUCUAUGAAUAUUGCGUCCACAUUAGGCAUUGUUGGUGGUUGUAUUGCUGGAGUUGCAUUGCUUAUAGUAAUCAUUUUCUGCUGUUGUCGCAAACGUAAACAGAAACCGGAGCAGUAUGAAGAGGGAAAUGUUUUAAUGGAAUGUCCUGACAAACCAUUAGCAGUAGUAGAAGAAGACUACAAAGGGCAAGGGAUGAAAAACAUUGACGAGCAAAGUGAGAAAGUCAACUAUGUUGACGUCAGAAAUAACUAUGAUGACCCCAAGGGUAUUCGUGAUGACCUCAGCAAUCGGGAUGAAGACCGCAAGGGUAUUCGUGAUGACCUCAGUAAUCGGGAUGAAGACCGCAAGGGCAUUCGUGAUGACCUCAUUAACCGUUAUGAUGACCAAAGAGGUAGUCGUGAUGAGCUCAGGGUUCGGUACGAUGACCGCAAAGGAAGCCGUGAUGACCUCAGAGAUCGGAAUGAUGACCGCAGAGGUAGCCGCGAUGAGCUCAGAGAACGAUAUGAUGAACGCAGAGGUAGUCGUGAUGAGCUCAGAGAACGAUAUGAUGAAAGCAGAGGUAGUCGUGAUGAGCUCAGAGAGCGUUACGAUGAACGCAGAGGUAGCCGUGAUGAGCUCAGAGAACGUUACGAUGAACGCAGAGGUAGUCGGGAUGACCUUAGAGAUCACUAUGAUGACCGUAGAGGUAGUCGUGAUGACCUCAGCAAUAGGUAUGAUGAUAAAAGAGAACGCCAUGGGUAUAAUUGAGUGAGUAUGACGAACAACAAUACUGGUAAUAGCUCAUAACCAUGAAAUCCUCAAUCUACUUUUUUGGCUAGAUAGCAAUAAUAUGUUAUAUAAACUCUAAAAAUGCUUGUCUCAAAAAUGGACAAACCCAACCUUUGGGUCAAUUAAUCUGUUCUGGCCUGCUGGGUUGUUUCAAUGCAAAAUGCUGGGAUGUUUUAAACCAUAGUUGGGUCAAAAAAAAAUCUGGGUCAAUUUAAACCAGUGGCUGGGUUUGUCCCUUUUUUACCCAAUGCUGGAUUGAAAAGAGUAUAAUAUCAUCACUCAUAUUUCUAAAUCAAAGUGGUAGUGUUUUGUAGUCGUCAUUUGUAAAUGUAUAAAAUCUUUUUAAAAUUUAAAAUGUUAUAACGUACAUUUUAUAUUUGGAAUUUGUUUUCAUAACGUCUCUUUUUAUUCACUUCAUAAACAGCUUUUAAUUUUUUUUCUACACGUUACCAGCUUGAUAAAUUAGCUUACUAUGGUGCUUUUUUGUAAUCAUCUUAAUGUUGCAGAAUUUGAUUUGUGAAUCAAAUUGUAAAAAUGUCAAAUUAGUUAAAAGCUCAUUCUACAUAUUGGAAUUGUGAUUUAUCAAAAUGAUUAAAAUGUGUUCACAAAUGCGUAUAUAUGAUACAUUUUAUCCCAUGUGUAAGAUAAAUAAAUAACUUUAGAAAACG